AGUACGACCUUUUCUUUUGUUUAUCUAAAGAAAACCUUCGAUUUUUUUUUUAAAAAUUGUUUUCAGGAAUCAAGAUAAGAAUUCGUUUUGGAUUUUCGUUUGCUUAUUUACUUUCCCUCGUUGGGUCUGAGGUUUACUCAAUGCUGAAAGCAUUCUCCAGAUCGUACUCCCUCCGGGUUCGCCGCCAUGUCAAAGUCCGCUUCUUCCUCGUCUUGAAACCUUGUCUGCUCGUAACUCUCUUGCAUCUAUUUUGAUCGAAAUUGCUAUGGUUUGUCGUAAUUAUUUGAGUUGGGCUGUACUAUGCCUUUUGGUGCUUUCACUCCUCUCUGACUCGUCCUCUGAGCCACAAUCUCGUUGGGCCACCAAGAAAAAACGCAUGAGAGAGAAAGCUCGCGAGAUGUUUUACCAUGCGUAUGACAACUACAUGACUCAUGCAUUCCCGCAUGAUGAGCUAAAGCCUCUAACCAAAACAUUCACGAACUCCCUUAGUGAGCUAGGAAAUUUGAAGCUUGAACACUUGUCUCAAGACUACAAUGGAUCAGCCCUGACGCUUAUUGAAUCAUUGUCUAGCCUGGUUAUUAUGGGCAACAACACUGAAUUCAAGAGGGCAGUGCUCUGGCUUUCUGAAAACCUAACAUUUGAUGUUGAUGCACGAAUAAAUCUUUUUGAGUGCAACAUUAGAGUUCUUGGAGGACUUGUCUCUGCUCAUCUUCUUGCAUCUGAUUCUGCAAAUAAUUUGUUUCAAGCAGCCUACAAAAAUCAGCUGCUAGUACUGGCUGAAGAUUUAGGGAACCGCUUUCUACCAGCAUUUAAUACACCCACGGGAUUGCCAUAUGCAUGGAUCAACUUAAAGUACGGAGUAAUGGAGAAUGAGACUACAGAAACAAGCACUUCAGGGUGUGGUUCUUUAAUUCUUGAAAUGGGUGCUUUAUCAAAAUUGACUGGUGAUCCCAUAUAUGAAUCAGUGGCUUUACGAGCUAUACGCAAGCUAUGGAGCAUGCGGAGUUCAUUAAAUUUAUUUGGAACUACUCUUGAUGUGGAAACUGGGGAAUGGAUAGAGUUUUCAUCGGGAAUUGGAGCAGGGGUUGAUUCAUUCUACGAGUAUCUUCUUAAAGCCCAUAUCCUUUUUGGGAAGGAAGACUUCUGGAGAAUGUUUCACUCUGCUUAUGUUGCUGUUCAGAAAUAUUUCAGACAUGGUCCUUGGUACCACACUAACUGUAUAAAUGCCUAUCAGAUAUGCUUAUCGGGUGCUUUAGAAUUGAUAGCCCAUAGGUACCAUGAAGCGGAUAUGAGGACAGGAAGAGCAACUUAUUGGCAACUUACAAGCCUUCAAGCUUUUUGGCCUGGACUACAGGUUCUUAUUGGGGAUAUUACAGCUGCUAAUUCAACGCAUCGCGAGUUCUACCAUGUGUGGGAGAAAUUUGGAGUGCUUCCGGAGAGGUAUUUACUGGAUCAUCAGAUGCUGCAUCCUACUGAAAAAUAUUAUCCAUUGCGCCCUGAAUUUGCAGAGUCAACAUUCUAUUUAUAUCAAGCAACUAAAGAUCCGUGGUAUAUUGAAGUGGGGGAAUCAAUAAUUAAUUCCCUCAACACGUACACCAAAGUUGAAGGAGGGUUUGCAAGCAUCAGGGAUGUGAAAACAAUGGAGCUGGAAGAUCAUCAACAUAGUUUUUUCCUUGCUGAAACGUGCAAAUAUUUAUAUCUUCUAUUUGAUGAUUCAUUUUUAAAAGAUGGCAAUUACAUAUUUACCACUGAAGGCCAUCCCCUUCCAGUUCCAAGUGUUUGGCAAGAAAGGCUCCCGGAAACCUACGUUCCUACAAAUUGGACUUACAUGAAGAGUGAACAAGCAUACAAAAUAAGUGCAAUGUCAAUGCAAGUAUGUCCCGCAGUGACUCUAAGCUCAGGGAAACAUGUUGAGAGUGGAUGCCAUGUACCUGACGCUCGCAGUGACCACAGGUGUUUCGCUGAUGAAGAUUGUGGAGUUGAUUCCACUUCAUGUAGAAGAAGAUCUUGCAGUAUGGCUGGUUAUUGUGGGUUAUGGCUCUCCAUUUGAUUCAUCAUGAUUUUUUAUUUCACACAUUCUUUCACCCACUUAAUAUGUCGAAAUCCCAUGAUGAUUUAGAAAUUAGAAUCCAGGAAGUUCUCAUAUUUAUUGAUUAACAAUAUCUAGUUUUGUAUAAUGAGAAUAAACUGAUAGGCAUAAUUAUCGCAUUCUCUUCUUUUUUUCAUCUCUUCCUUGAAUUAUCAAUACAAAAAGAAGCUUUAUUUCACUAAA